AUGUGUCCUGCGAUGGCGCGCACAAUUAGAUCCGCAGUCGCGGUCCUCGGCGCCGGCUCCCAAGGCCGGCGACUGGCGUACAUGUGGUCAAGCAGGGGCAAGGACGUCCAUCUCAUUGACGCGGCCCCGAGACAACUCACCGCCAGCGUCGAGGCUGUCCAGAAGUUUCGCGCCGAGUCGAAAGCCAGCGAUGGCUUCGGCACAAUACGAACGCACGCCCCAAGCGCCCUGGCCGAGGCAUUGCAAGACUCUUGGCUUGUUGUAGAGUGUGUCCCAGAGAGGCUGUCGUUGAAGCAGCAGGUCAUGUCGGAGCUCGACGGGCUGGCACCAGAGGAUACCAUUAUCGCGUCCAACUCCAGCAGCUACUCGUGUAAGGAGAUUCUCGACGGCCUUGAGCUCAGGCAUUCAACACGCGUUCUGAGCGCGCACACUUAUUGGCCACCGGAAACGACAGUGAUUGAGAUCAUGGGUCAUGACAACACCGAUCCCUCGUUGGUGGAAGUAAUGAUGAUGCGGUGUGCAGAGCAUGGCUUCUCGCCAUUCCACGUCAGGACGGAUUCUAUGGGAUACAUCUACAAUAGGAUCUGGGCGGCGAUAAAGCGCGAGGCGCUGCUCGCGGCCUCGGAAGGCGCAGGGACCCCCCAGGAGAUUGACAGCAUCUUCCGUGGCGUGCUCCAGACGGCCAAGGGACCCUUUGAGCUCAUGGACAUUGUCGGUCUGGAUGUCGUUCUUGACAUUGAGCAGCAUUACGCUGCCGCGCGCGGCGACAUUCCCAUGCAGCCGCAGCAGUACCUGAGUCGCUUCGUGCAGAAGGGCCAUCUCGGCGUCAAGAGCGGUCAGGGAUUUUACACGUACAGCGAUCUAGCAUCAGCGUAG